AUGUUCUGUUGCUCGAGAACGGUUACUGCGUCUGUCACUUUCGAUCCGCCGGACGCCAAUACGUUCACGGUCCCCGAUCGUCAUCAGAGCCCCAUCAUAGAACGGGGAACUCAAUCCAAGUCCCCCGCUCCAUCCGAUUCCCUUAACGUCGAUGCAACGCAACUAGUAUCGGGAGGAGAUGAUGAUCCAUACACUGAGUUUUUCACGUCCUCUCAUUCAAUUCCGCCCCCAGACGACGAGCCCUCAUCGGCUCGUCGUCUUUGGCAUGCCAUAUCUCGACGUCGUCCGUCGGCAGGCCAGUCAUCGCAUGCGUGCCGUUCUCUCUGGAAUCGCGCUCACUCCCUCAUCUCCGCCGGCUCUCGACGUUCAGCUCAGGACACUGAUCAACUGAAGGAUGCUGUCACGGUCGCUCCGAUAAUGCGAUCUCCCGACAUCGUUACAGUAUCCGCCGGAUAUGUGGCCAUGCCACGCAAAAUCAAGAAGAAGAAGGAAGAUGCUCCUCCAACACACCUGGCGUCCGGACAGCCAGUCGCUCACGCCCUGGAUGACUCGGAGUCAAUCCAGGGUCGUUGGAACAAAUUUCUGGAUGGGAUCUGUUUCCCCUGCGGGCGCUUUCACGAGGAUACAUCGCCGUCGUCGUCUACCUUCAUCCCGGCUAUCACAUCCGACCUUGUUGCUUACCUCGCUGACCUCCAUCCUCAUCCUCGAUAUGCCGCCCAUACCACCGCCUGUCUUCACCGAGCCCUCUCCCUUAUAGCGGAGGAAGCGAUAAAACGAUCUCAAAGUGGGCAGUACCCGAGGAGACUUUGCCUAAUGCAUAUCCUCACCAUAAAAAUGAGAACCCGCAAUGCAGCACUUCUCAAUGCGCAAAAGGUCAUCGAUCUCAACCCCUCGUCCUAUCGCGGGUACCAGUUGAAGCACGCAGCCCUUCAUGACGCACAACGCUAUGACGAAGCCAUCACGGCCAUCGAAUUCAUGCUCUCUAGGUUGCAAACUGCUGGUGGUAUCCAAGGCUGCGCCAGUAUUAUCUCAGUCCGUCCGAAGCAGAGCAUUAAGGAAGUGGUGGAGAUGUUUUUCCGUUGCGUCAUGCUAUCACACAGGUGGGGAGACAAGGAACCACUACUGCACGAUAUCCGGGGCAAGGUUGUGUACGAGCUGAAGGCAGAUGGCGGAAUUACGAAGUUGCAGUCGUUCUGCAAAAUCGCCCGUGAUUCAGGGUAUCGCUGGGCGUGGAGCGAUACCUCCUGCAUCAACAAGAAUGAUAACCUUGAACUCCAACCAUCACUCAACUCCAUGUUCGUUUGGUAUCGUCACUUGUCGCUUACCAUCAUCUACAUGCACUCCCCGUUUCGCAUAUCGCCGGCUGCAUCUGCAUUGCAUUGCAUUCCCUGUCACAGAUAUCAGACGGAGAUACAAUUAAGACGAGGAGACGUGUUUCACACAAGCUGGUUCAGUUCUCGGGGGCAGGGUGCACUCGGCGAACGUUCCUACUCGUCCGCAGACGGAGAGCGUGGCUAG